AUGCGGGAUAAAAUGCGAGGCCUCAGCUCCUCCUCCGUGAAGGAACAGCGCGGCGAUGCUCGGAGCAGCAGACCACGGAUAUUUGAACAGGACCGGCUUACACGCAAAACCCCAGGCGUGAGGAAAGAGCAAGAGCUCGAUUCGAAAGAUGCUAUCAUACUGCAUCAGUUUUCAAGGCCUAACAAUGGUGUUCCAAGCUUAUCUCCGUUCUGUCUGAAAAUGGAAACUUACUUGAGGAUGGCUGAUUUACCCUACCAGAACUAUUUUGAUGGAAAACUUUCCCCUCAAGGGAAAAUGCCUUGGAUUGAAUACAAUCACAAGAAAGUAUCUGGCACUGAGUUCAUUAUUGACUUUUUGGAAGAGAAACUUGGAGUGAAUUUAAAUAAACACCUUGGUCCACACGAAAGAGCUGUUUCCAGAGCCGUGACAAAAAUGGUGGAGGAGCACUUCUACUGGACUUUAGCUUAUUGCCAGUGGGUGGAAAAUCUUCACGAGACGCAAAAGAUGGUUUCACUUUUUGGCCCCUUCAGUGACUUGCUGAAGUGGAUCCUCUGUCAUCUGACCAAAGGGAUCGUGAAGCGGGAAAUGUACGGCCAUGGCAUUGGCCGCUUCUCGGAGGAGGAGAUGUACACGCUGAUGGAGAAGGACAUGCGGACUCUAGCAGGCCUCCUGGGUGACAAGAAGUACAUUAUGGGACCAACCGUUUCCACUGUUGAUGCCACUGUCUUCGGGCAUCUGGCACAGGCAAUGUGGACACUACCAGGGACCCGACCAGAGAGACUAAUCAAAGGUGAACUGAUAAACCUUGCUAUGUAUUGUGAAAGAAUAAGGAGGAAAUUUUGGCCAGAAUGGCACCAUGAUGAUGAUAACACUCUGUAUGAAUCUGAGGAAAGCAGCGAAGCAAGCAAGACUUACUCCCCUUUGCAGGACUUCAGUUUUUAUUCAAGGACAGAAACAUUUGAUGAGGAAGGGAACAGUAUUUCUCAAACCCCUGACACAGAUUACACUGGACACUCCCUCUUUGAUUCAGAUGUGGACAUGGAUGACUACAGAGAUCAUGAACAAUGCAAGUGA